AUGAUUUUCCCAGAGUCACAUAGCUACCUCUUAAUGAAACAAAGGAAAUUUCUCUACCACUUCAAAAAUGUAAGAUGGGCUAAGGGUCGUCACGAAACCUACCUGUGCUAUGUUGUGAAACGUCGGGAUAGUGCCACCUCCUUCUCUUUGGACUUUGGCUACCUUCGCAACAAGAAUGGCUGCCAUGUAGAAUUGAUCUUCCUUCGCUACAUCUCUGCCUGGGACCUUGAUCCUAGCCGGUGCUAUAGGGUGACAUGGUUCACUUCAUGGAGCCCCUGCUAUGACUGCGCCCGUCAUGUGGCGAACUUUCUUCGCUGCUACCCUAAUCUAACACUUCGGAUUUUCACUGCCCGCCUCUACUUCUGUGAGGACAAGAAAGCCGAGCCGGAGGGGCUUCGACGUCUGCACCGGGCUGGGGUCCAAAUUGCUAUCAUGACUUUCAAAGAUUACUUUUAUUGUUGGAACACCUUUGUGGAAAAUAAAGAAAGGACCUUCAAAGCCUGGGAAGGAUUGCAUGAAAAUUCUGUUCGUCUGUCUCGGCAACUCCGGCGUAUCCUUUUGCCAUUAUACGAGAUCGAUGACUUAAGAGAUGCCUUUCGUACUCUGGGGCUUUGAUACCAGCUGCAAGAUCAUACAGAGAGACAUAAUUAGAGACAAUGAGUCCAUCCACCUCAACCUCUUCUUUCUAUCCCUAAAUUGGCACUUUUAACCUCCAUUUCCUUCUUUUAUUUCCCUUCUGUUUUUAUGAAUUCACAAGAAAAAAUACUUUGAAUUCCUUUAUGAUGUCCUGAGAAAAGAAGACACAUAUUUCCUGCUCAGGACCACAAAAUUCUAUUCAUCCUCAAUUCUCCCUCUCCCCAAACUCUGUUCCUUACAACACCUCCCUCUAGAAGGUACUUGAAUUAGUGAAUGAAUUCACCCAGCAAGAAUCUACCACUCUGGUAACAUGAAUUUUGGGAAAUGCUGAAGCAAUGAAGGAUGAGAACAUUUUCAAUAUCCUCCACCCUGGACCUUCUGGCCAGUAUCAUUUUUCAUAAUUUGUUCCAGUUGAAUUUUCAGUGACCUCACCGAUGCUCCUAACCUUUUGCCUGGAUAACAUGAUUCAACUUUCAGUGAAUGCAGUUUUCUAUAGGGAUACUCCUUUUCCAGGCCACAGUCUCAUCUCUGUGAGAGAGGUUGAAUGACUCUAACCUUACAUCUUCUUCUUUUAUUAUAUUUUUAAAACCUUUUUUAAAAAAGCAUUAAUA